CGGUAGCUUUGAAAUAGAAAACGUAUGUUGUAGUCCACAUUAUCUUCAAAGUGCAUUAGAUUGUGUUUUGGUAGUACUUCUGCUAACUGACUCUUGAUCUUCUUUGAAUCAGUGACUGCCAUUAAUUUGUUCAUCCCGUUGACGUGUAAUUAACCAUUCUGUGAUUGCAUGUAAACCAUUAGUCAGUGUUUUAGUGGUGUAUAUCAAUAUUUUUAGCUAGAAAGUAGAAUGGAACAUUUAAUAAAUGUGAACAGCAAAACGGAAAAGGGAACCAAAACAGAAGAGAAAGGAUUCAGCCGAGAUUAUGCAAAAACCAUUGCAUUGCUCUCAGCACUUAAUUUCAACAGAUCGGAAAGCUUCGGGAAGACUCCUGAAACUGUUGAAAAUGAAGAAAAACAAGAAAAAACAAAGAGAGCGAAGAGUAGCAUCAUCAAAGAUUACUUGGUAGAUUAUACUGCUAAUUCUAAUCUCCAUGGAUUGAAAUACAUUGGAGAGAAAGAAAGAACCUAUGUGGAAAAAAUAUUCUGGCUGUUCAUGUUCAUAUGCUGUGUAGUCCUCUGCGCGGGUUUGAUCAGAAAAGUCUGGAUAAAAUGGAACGAAAGUCCGGUGAUUGUAAGUUUUGCAGAGAACCCUACUCCAGUGUGGCAGAUUCCUUAUCCUGCAGUGACAGUCUGUUUUGAAACAAAAGCGAUGCAAAGGAAGUUUAAUUUCACGGAAUACUAUCAUCUGUACAUGAAUCAACGGGACAAUCUUUCUCUAUAUGAACAACAUAUGUUUGAAGAUCUUACAAUGGUCUGCGAUGACCAUCUUGCACCCGCAAAUGGACGAAAAUUUUCAUCUGGAGUCGACACCGUGAAUAAUAUUAAAUCGGUAUCACCAAACUUGACGGAAGUUUUCUUUGGGUGUAAAUGGAAAGACAUACCAAGCGAAAACUGUUCCGAUUUGUUUUCUCCCAUUCUGACAGAAGAAGGACUUUGUUAUACAUUCAAUACUUUAGGACCAGAUGAAAUGUUCAGAUUAAAUAAUUUACAUAAAAACUACCCGUAUUUGGAGCACGAUAAACGAGCAGAAUCAUGGAGUUUGGAAGAGGGAUACAUGGCAGGAACACCUAUAGAAACGUAUCCUCAUAGAGGCGCAGGAUAUGGUGUAAAAUCUGGACUCACCUUUUUACUGAAAGCCAAAAAAAUCGAUCUGGAUUAUCUAUGCAGGGGGCCAGUGCAGGGAUUUAAGAUACUGUUGCACAAUCCGGCAGAGCUGCCGAGGCUUUCACAACAAUACUUCCGAUCGCCUCUAUCGCAAGAGGUAGUUGUUGCGGUGAAACCUAAAAUGAUGACCACUUCCUACGGCCUCAAACCUUAUGAACCUACCAGGCGACAAUGUUAUUUUCCAAGCGAGCGCUAUCUUCAUUACUUCAAAGUGUACACCCAAGCCAACUGUGAGAUGGAGUGUCUAGCGAACUUUACUUACACUCGAUGUGGAUGCGUGCAUUUUGGAAUGCCCUAUGGGCCAAAUAUGCAGGUGUGCAAUGCUGGCAGCAGAGAAUGUAUAAAAUCAGCUCAGAUGGAACUGGUGACAAUUGAAAUCCAAUCGGGUCUUGAUAGUCGAGUGGGCAAUGAUUCUGAUUCCCUUGGAGAAGCCCUGGCGGUGUCUUCUAGGUGCCAGUGUCUACCAGCCUGCACAUCUAUCGAGUACGAAGCAGAGACGUCGCAGGCUGACUAUGAUUGGGCAGCCAUAUUCCGAGCCUACAAAUUGUACAACAUUUCUGAAGAACUAAAGGACCUGACAUACGCCCGUGUGAUGGUGUUUUUCAAAGAGGCCCAGUUCAUCACCUCUCGCCGGUCGGAAUUGUAUGGUCAAACGGACUUCCUCGCCAACUGCGGUGGUUUGCUUGGACUGUUCAUGGGUUUCUCCAUCCUGAGCGUCGCUGAAAUCGUUUAUUUCCUUACAUUGAGAUUAUGCUGUCUUCUUUGGCGCCGUCGGAACAAGCAGCGACGAAUUGAUUUUGCAAAAAGUUCUAACAUUCCUGGGCCAAGUCCUAAUAAAGUAAUACAUCCAUACAGCGAAUAAUAUGGGAAAAUAAAACUACGAAAUCUCAUUAAGUGGUCAUUUAUUGAUAAAGAAACAUAAUAUUGGUGUUAACAUGGUACUUUACUGAAAGGAGCAACGUGGCAUUUUAUUGUAAUUUAAAAGCACGAUCAUUUUUGCUGUUUACUCACUAGUUUUUUUAAGUUACUAUGUAAUUAAGCUUAAAUCAUUUUACUAAUUCUACUAGUUUUAAAUGUAAUAUUAAGAAAAAUUUCGAUGUACUAAAUUAGAAGAGUUUAAAUACAAAUAAAGAUCUGUUCCGCAAA